AUGGGCAAGGUGGCUGCCAUGGACAAUCCCCACCUUGUUCAUACUAUCCUCCUAGCACAAUCUCUGCUUCUCUUCACCUGCUUGUUCCUCCAUUCCAAUUGUGAAACAAUCACUAGGGAUGAUGAGAAGGCCGUCCUCCUAAGCCUUGAAAGAAGCUGGGGAGGUUCGGUGACCGUGAAUUGGAGCUCUGUCAUAUACGAAGAUCAAUGUAAUUGGCCAGGUAUCAAUUGCACAGAUGGCUUUGUUACAGGAAUCUCACUUACUGGCCAUGGACUCAACAACUUACCAGCGGCUAUCUGUUCAUUGACGAAACUUUCACACAUCGAUCUCUCUCGCAACAGCAUUUCAGGUUCUUUCCCUACAGCUCUUUACAAUUGUUCAAACCUUCGGUAUCUAGACCUCUCAUAUAACACUUUAGUUAAUUCUCUCCCAUCCAACAUCGAUCGGCUAUCACCAAGGCUUGUGUAUCUCAACCUUGCAUCGAAUAGUUUAUCAGGGAACAUCCCUAGUUCAAUCGGCCAGCUUAAAGUGCUUACUAAUCUAUACCUUGAUGCAAACCAAUUUAACGGCUCCUACCCAGCAGAAAUUGGGAAUAUUUCAGCACUUCGAGUUCUGCGCCUAGGUGACAAUCCAUUUCUUUCUGGGCCAAUCUAUCCACAGUUUGGAAAUCUAACAAACCUGGAAUACUUAUCCAUGAGUAAAAUGAAUAUCAUUGGCAAAAUUCCAGCUGCUAUGUCAAAGGCUAACAAUGUAAUGUUCUUUGAUUUAUCUGGCAACCACCUCAGUGGGUCGAUUCCUAGUUGGAUUUGGAGUCUAAAGAGGCUGGUGACCCUCCAACUAUAUGCAAACCACCUGUCUGGCCAGAUUAAUGCGCCAAUUGAAUCAACAAAUUUGGUUGAGAUUGAUGUUUCAUCGAAUAACCUCUCAGGACAGAUCCCAGAGGAUAUCGGUCAGCUUGAGGAACUAGAAAGACUGUUUUUGUCCAACAAUCAUUUCACUGGUUCAAUCCCCGAUAGCGUUGCCUUGCUCCCAAAACUUACUAAUGUGCAGCUUUUCCAAAACUCCUUCGAAGGCAUCCUGCCACAAGAACUGGGGAAGCAUUCUUUACUCUUUAAUUUGGAAACCCAUUAUAACAAUUUCUCUGGAACGUUACCCGAGGGUCUUUGCUCUAAGGGGGCCCUUGCUUAUAUCUCUAUGUCAGCCAACAUGUUUUCCGGUGAGCUUCCAGCAUCUCUCUUAAGAUGUAACAGUUUGAAUUAUGUCUGGCUUUCCAAUAAUAAUUUCUCAGGAACGUUUCCAGCUGGCUUAACCGAGGUACAGAUCCAAGAGGUUAACUUAUCUGGCAGAUUGCCUAGCAACUGGGCAUCAAAUCUGGUAGAAAUUGACCUUAGCAAUAACAAAUUCUCAGGUAGACUCCCAAACACAAUUAGGUGGCUAAAGUCACUUGGAGUCCUAGAUCUUUCAGAAAACAGAUUCUCUGGCCCUAUUAUACCAGAAAUUGAAUUUAUGAACCUAACUUUUCUAAAUCUCUCUGAUAACCAAUUUUCUGGCCAGAUUCCGCUUCUCUUGCAGAAUGAAAAAUUUAAACAGAGUUUCCUGUCCAAUCUUGGGCUGUGCUCGUCCAACCACUUUGCAGACUAUCCAGUAUGCAAUGAACGACACUUGAAGAACAGACUUUUGAUCAUUUUCCUUGCCCUUGGUCUUACUAGUGUUUUACUGAUAUGGUUGUUUGGAUUACUAAGGAUAAAAGUGUUACCCAGAAGACAAAACGAAAAUACUACAACACCGCGGUGGAAAUUGACAGCAUUUCAUAACAUCAAUUUUAAUUACCAAGACAUUAUCUGUGGUCUGGCUGAUAACAAUCUAAUCGGGAGUGGUGGUUCAGGAAAGGUAUACAAGAUAUGCCUUCAUAACAACAGUUACAGGUUUGUGGCUGCCAAGAAGAUAGUUAGUGAUCGGAGCCGGUCCAAUAUGCUGGAAAAGCAUUUUCAAGCUGAGGUUGAGAUUCUUGGGUCCAUCCGGCAUGCCAAUGUUGUCAGGUUGCUUAGUUCUAUGUCAUCCACUGAAUCAAAAGUGCUGAUCUAUGAGUAUAUGGAAAAUGGUAGCUUAUACCAAUGGUUGCAUCAGAAAGAUAUGCGUAAUAACAAUGAACCAUUAAGUUGGCCAAGAAGGAUGUCAAUUGCCAUAGACGCAGCAAGAGGGCUCUGCUACAUGCACCAUGAUUGUUCUCCACCAAUAGCUCACUGUGAUGUCAAGCCAAGCAACAUCCUAUUGGACUAUGAGUUCAAGGCAAAGAUUGCAGAUUUAGGUUUAGCCCGUGCGCUGGCUAAAGCCGGAGAGCCAGAGUCCAUCUCAACAAUGGUCGGAUCAUUUGGAUACAUGGCACCAGAGUUUGGAAGCUCGAGAAAAAUCAAUGAGAAAGUUGAUGUCUACAGUUUUGGGGUGGUUCUCUUGGAGCUGACAACAGGGAGGUUUGCGAAUGGUGGGGGUGGGUAUGAGAAUUUGGCACAAUAGGCAUGGAGGCGAUUUCAAGAUGAGGACUUCCAAUUAAUUGAUGUAAUUGAUGGAGACAUACAAGAUCCAGCCUACUUGCAGGAGGUGCAAUUAGUGUUCAAGCUAGGACUAAUUUGCACAGGAGCAAAGCCAUUAUCAAGACCUUCAAUGAAGGAGGUGUUGCAGGUCCUACAACGCUGAAUAAAAACCAUGCAUGCAGCUCACAUAUUAUCUGAAUUUAGAAUGUUGUCAAAUGCUAGAGAUCAACACAAAGAUGAAGAAAAGGCAUGUUUGAUACAAGUCUUGAAAUGCUUAACAUGUUCGAUGUUUUAUCC